UUGAGGUCAUACAUUUACAUUGAUGAUGAUGAUGAGUGUCCUGCUCAUUCCUCUAAGAAAAAUCUCUCGCGGAAAAGGAUGUACCCUGGGAGAGGUCGCAGCAAUUCUAAUGGCGGCGACAUUCAAUCAGAUUGUGAGUCAUGUAAUGGUGAUGGUGAGCUUAUGGUAGAUUCGGCGGGGACACUACAAAAGCUAUGGGAGAAAGCGUCUUUGAAGAAAAAGUCAAAUGUCGAAAUUGUUGAUGGUGCAAGUGUCAUUGCAGCUGCAACUGUUGAUAAUAGCCAUGUUACUGAGCACAUAAAUGAUAAGUCUAAAGCAAUAUCUCUGACUUCUAAUAAUGUGGUUUUGCGUGAUCCCACUAUUGCUGAUGUUCCUAUGGAGAGCUCAAUUGUUAAUGAAAGAGAAAAGCACAAGGAGACCGAAGAAUACAAACGAGUAUUAAAGGAAGAACUGUUAGCCAGAGAAAGAGCCUUAAAAGUUCAGGCAGAGGAGGUCCGUUUGCUGAAAAGACAAAAAGCUGAGAAGAUGCGUUUGUUAGACACGGAGAGAAGACAAAAACAACGUAUUGCAGAAAUCAGGGAAUCUCAAAAACAGGACGAGGAAAACAUGAACUUGAAAGAAAUGUAUCGUGUUGAAGUCCAACAGGACCUUAAAAGGCUGGAAAUGACGUGUCAUGAUAUGGGUUCGUUAUUGCAGGGUUUGGGGAUUCUGGCUGAUAAUGGCAAUUAUGUCCCAUCACAUCAGGUCCGUGCAGCUUAUAAAAGAGCAUUACUGAGCUUUCACCCAGACCGAGCUCAAAAAUCUGAUAUGCGUCAGCAAGUUGAGGCAGAGGAAAAGUUCAAGCUCAUAUCUCGCAUGAAGGAUCAAGUUAUGAUGUUAACUUAAGUUUAGGUAAUCUAAUCUUACGACACUUUAAUCCAUCUUUUGGUAACACGAGCUUAUUCAAUGUAUCUAAAACCAUGAUUGAAUGAGGUUCUCUUUUGACAAACAGA